AUGAAAGAUGAACGUCUUACAAUGAAUGAAACCUACUUUGAAAAAGUCGAAAAGGAAACGGAAAAGAAGGUAGUCGAUGUCGAAGAUGGUAAAACGGAUUCGAAAAAGGUUGAUAAGGACUCGAAACCAAAAGAAAAUGGAAAGAGUGAAACAAAUGAAAAGAGCGAACCUGAAACGAACGGAGAAACAGAUUCAAAGGAGGCGGCGGCGGCGGCGGCGGCGGCGGCGGCGGCGGCACCGGGAACGAAAAGAAAAUCGGGAGCCGGUGACACGACCGAUGGUAAAACACCAUCAGGACCGGGAGAGGGAGUGACACCAGAAAAAAAAGCAAAGAUCUCAAAUGAUGAAAAGAAAGAUUCGACAAAUGGAGAAUCGGAGGUUGGAACGGAGAGUGGAGGAGAAGCGAAAAAUAUGAGUUACCAAAAGCACGCGUAA